AUGGCGACGCCGUUCCGCUCGAACCGGGCGCCGCCCCCGCCAACCCCCCUCGACGAGAACGAGGACGAGGUGCGCUGGGACGGCGGCGGCGACGGCGACUUCGAGGCGCGCGCCGACGACGGCGGGUCGCAGCACUUGCUCGAGCUCAUCGGCGACCUCCAGGCCGGGAGCGACGUGUCCGCGCGCGGCGGCACGAGCCAGCCGCGGAGCUCGACGUCGGGCCUCGCGUCCAUGCUCGGGUCGCCCGGCGCCGUGCUCGGCGGCUUCGGGCCCCGCGACGGCGGCGCGAUCGGCGCGCGCGCCGUCGAGGGCAAGGGCGCGGACCUCGUCGCCGCCGGCGUCGACGACGAGGCCGGCGCGGCGCGCGAGAUCGCCGAGUUCGCGCGCGCCGUCGUCGGCGACUGGGGCGAGGGCGGCCGGGGCCGCGCCGAGGCGGGCGUCGCGGACGUCCGCGCGACGGAGCUGCCGCUCUGGGCGCCGGCCCUGGGGCUCAGCGGCGUCGCCGACGCCGUCGUCGCCGGAGACGACGGGUUGCCGCGGCCGCUGGAGCUCAAGACGGGCCGGCGGAGCGUCGAGCACCGCGCGCAGACCGCUCUCUACGUCGCCAUGGUCAAGUGCCUCCGCGGCGCCGGUAGCGCCGCGGACGCGGGGUUGCUGGUCUACGCGGGCGACCGCCGCGUCGCGAACGCGCCGUCGACGUCCGAGGCCGUGGCGGUGUCGCGCGCGGAGCUCACGUCGCUGCUCGCGGCGCGGAACCGUUUAGCCGCCGUCGUCCACCGGUCCGCCGCGGCCGCGAGGGCCGCGGAGCGCGCCUUCCGGGACGACGCGGGCGCCGCCUACGCGCGGGCCGCGGCGCCGGACCUGCUGCGGAGCGAGCGCGACUGCGGCCGCUGCUUCGCGCUCCGCCAGUGCAGCCUGCGCCACGCGUGCGUCGAGGGCGGCGACGCCGACUCCUUCGGCGCGGGCGCCGACGCCUGGAAAGGCGUCGCGGACCUCGACGGCCGCGACAAGGCGUACUACGCGACGUGGGACGCGCUCCUCGACCUCGAGGCCGCCAAGGGCGCGUCGGGCGCCGCGCUCGUGACGUCGCGGGGCGGCGCGGACCGCGAGGCCAAGGGCGACGCGUGCGUCGCCGGGCUGACGUGGCGGAGCUCGGCGGCGCGCGCCGACGGCUCCGGCGACGUCGACCACGCGUUGGACCGCGCCGCCGGCGUCGCGCCCACCGGGGAGGCGCGCCUGAGCUCGCUCGAGCGCCACGACUUCGUAUUGGUGAGCGCGGAGCGACCGGGCCUGCCGCCGACGGUGCUCGGCCGCGCCUACGUGACGCGCGUCGACGCGGCCGCGGGCGCCGCCGGCGCCGCGGCCGUCGGCCUGCGCACGCGGGGGCCCCUGGCCCUGCCGGACUGGGGCGACGCGCCAUUUACGCUCCGCGUGGACAAGGACGAGAGCGGCUCGAGCCUGUCGGCCGCGCGGGGUGUGCUCGCGCGGCUCUUCGCCGAGGAUCCGCGGGACGCGCCCGACGGCGACGGCGCGCCGCGGCGGCGGCGGCUCCGGGACCUCGUCGUGCGCCUCGAGGCGCCGACCUUCGACGCGGCGCUCGGCGCCGCGCGGCUCCGCGAGGCCGUCGCGGGCGAGGGCCCCCCCUGCGCCUUCGUCGACGUGCCGCCGGCCCUCGCCGCGCGCGCGACGGGCGACGGCGGCCGCCUCGGCGCGCGCAACGUCGCCGAGGCGCGCGUCGUCGCGGAGCUCGUCGCGGACCUCCUCGCGCGCGGCUGCGCGCGCGACGACGUCGCCGUGCUCAGCCCCUUCCGGGCGCAGCUCCGCGAGAUCGGCGACGCCCUGCGGCGCCGCGGCGCGGCCCUCGAGCCCCACCGCCUCUCGACGGUCGACCGCUUCCAGGGCAAGGACGCGGCCUGCGUCGUGAUCUCCUUCGCCAAAGCGAACCCGGACCUGGGCCUCGGCGACCUCCUCGACGACCCGAAGCGCCUCAACGUCGCCCUCUCGCGCGCCAAGGCCAAGCUCGUCCUCGUCGGCGCCGCCGACGUCCUCGCGGCCAAGUCCGACGUCUUCGCCAGGCUCGCCGCCAAGGCGCGGCGCGACGGGCGGCUCUUCGUCGUCGGGGAGCGGGAUCUAAGCUAG